AAGGUUGUGGAAUUGAUCGUUUAUGGGUAUUCGUACAAGAAUUUCUUAAUAAACGAUGCAAAGAAUUCGUAACAUUCGACGAACCAGAAAUAAUGAAACCAACAAUUGACGAAACAUAUAAAGAAUUCUUUUGGUCACAAUUCUCAACUAGUGAUAAUUUAUCAUUUUGUAUACUGAAGGAAGUUACUUCGGAACAAAUUCAAAAGUCUUCAAUAAAAGGCAAGAAAAAUACGGCCGCAUCAUUUAAAACAACUGACGAAAAAAAUUAUCAGACUGUCCAAAUCGACAAUAUGUCUCUUGAAGAAAUUAGAACGAAUUAUGGUGACAGAUUUCGGAUAAUGACAACUGAAAAAUUUCAAAAAAAAAUUCUGUUUGGAAUAGUUGAUAUAUCUCGGCCACUUUCAAAUCAAGUUUGGAGGAUAUUGCAGCAUAUAGCAAAACAUCGUUCUUUAGGUGCUACUCAAGUAGAUAUGGCAAGACACUUUAAUAUCGAACCAAAAUCUUUUUCCCAUUACUUAAAAACACUUUGUAAUCUUAAAUUAAUAGUAAAAUUAAAAGUUACUCAAAAUGGGAUACAGACAAAUUUGUGCAUCUUGUCUGGAUGCGCGGCUCAAAAUAAAGCAUAUUCUGGAAAAUCUGUAUAUAUACCAACGAGCAAAAUCCAAGUAUCACAAUUAAGUGAUGACCAUGAUUCAGCAGAUAAAAUUGGUGAUAAUGUUUCAUUCAAUUCUGAAUUAGUAAAAAUAAGAUUAACAGAGAUUCUUGAUCAAGCCAAGAAUCAGGUUAUGUCUGCAAAUGAUAUGAGGAUGGCCUUAUUUGCAAUAUCAAAUCCGACAAAGAACCAACGACGUUGGUUUAAUAACAGAAUUGAUGAAUUGACACAAAAUGGGUAUAUCGAAAAAGUGAAUGUUCCGAAAAAAUCUAUGGAAGGACCAAUGGAACGAUGUUUUAGGCUUGCUAAGAAAUACGUGAGAGGCAACAACAACAAUAAUGAUAAGCGUAAGAACAAAUCAUCUACCGUAGAUACGCCAGAAUCUGCGAUACCACACUUAGAAUCAAAUGAAAAGCCAUUACAAUCUGGCGUUUUUGUAGAUUUACCUUUAGAUUGUCAAGUGUAUCGUUUAAUCCACAUGGCUGGCGAACAAGGAAUAACUGCAGGAGAACUUCAAUGUAUGUUUCGUAACAUAAAUGACCGUGUCCUAAACAAGUCAUUAACCGGGCUUGUUAUUGAUUUACCUCCUGGUUUAAACCGUUUUAUUAUAAAGCGUGCUGUUGAGUGUAAAGGACGAGAAAGACAUUAUCGUUAUUUUUCUCGUGAAGGUUAUAUGAAAUUCGCUGUAGCACAUGGUUUAAAUUUGGAGGAUAUAAAUCAAAUUAACUCUGAUGAGGAUCGUGAUUCUGAAUAUAUACAUGAUCCUCAAUGGGGAGUUGAAUUAUUGCAAGAUGGCGAAGAAGAGAAGAAUGAUGAUUUCUUACCUAGUAUAAGUACUAGAGAGAGACGUAGAAAGAAAAAGAAUAAAGAGAGGGGAAUUAUUGAACCACCUAAAAUGAUUACAACUGUGCCAAAGAAAAGAGGACGACCCAGAAAGUAUGAUUCUGAAGGAGAACUCAUUAAUAAAAAUGAGAUUCCAAAAAUAGUAGAGGAAAACUCAAGUGAAAUAACUGAUAGUAAGAAGAAGCGUGGUCGUCCACGAAAGACUGAUAAUAUGACGGGAAAUAAUAAACCUAGCAAGAAGAUUGCAAAAGUUGAUAAUUCAAACUCAGCACAUGAACAAUCAAAUACUACAAUGGUAGUUAAACCAAAGCCUAAAAAAACGUAUACUAAGCGCAAAAAAGUUGAUGAUAAAAUUAUAACACAUGUUAAAGUAAAUAUGGAUAUUCAUGAACCUAAUGAAGAAUCUUCUACAGGAAUUGUUAAUUUGCAUGAUGAAGAGAAUAAUACAGUAAUGCAGAUUGACAAUCCUAUUAUUCCAAAUGCUUAUGAUUCGAUUACACAAUCUAAUGGUAAUUUGAAUUUGCCUGAUCAUGAGACAGAUGCUGGCAUGAUUAUUGACAUUGAUCCUGAAAAAGAUAAUAUUUUGGAUGAUAAUAAUCUAAUUAUGGCGACAUCUCAAUAUCAACAAACCACAGAAUUAAAUAUUGGAAGUGUUGUUGAAUCAUUUAAUGAUAAUAGCCAAGAGAUAGAUGCUGACUUACAACCAGAUGAUGCCUCAGUUUCAAAAAUUCUUGAGAUUUCAAAUGAAAAAAAUUUACAUAAUGUUAAGAAAGUAUAUAAAACAAAAAAGAAGAUUCCCCCUGUAAUUUCAAUUACUGCAUCAUUACGAGAAAAAAUUAUAGAAAAUCUUUUGAAAGAGCAUAAAGUGUUAGAAUGUGGUGCAACGCUUAUUAAUGCAUAUCAAGAUAAAAUUAGAGAAUAUUAUAAUGGUAUGACUUCACACACCACUUCACACACCAUUGACAAAAAGACUUUGGCUCGUACUGGAAGUGUUAUGGAAAGAAAGGGAUUAUUAAGGCAAUAUAAUAUAAUAUUACCGUCAUUAAAUGGUAAAGAUCAAAAUAAACUUUUGUUCCUUAGUCCUAAAUUAUCGCCUGAAAGUCCUGAAGUAAAAGAAUAUGUUACUAAACUACAAGAUAAAGCUUUACUAGUUGGUAGAUCUUAUAAGGCAGCUAAAAUUGAAGAGUUAGUCGUUGAAUUAGAGCCUCUUUCAGAAUUACAGAAACGUAUGGCCGCUGAAGCAGCAGCCAAUAAUUCUGUAAAUCUUCUAGCCGAUAAUCUUAUGUCAUCUGAUCUAAAUAAUGAGAGUCAAAUCAGUCAAUCUAAUGCUAGCGAAAAAGUACCUAAUGACAUGUGUUGGUUACAUUGUGCUCGUGAGUAUGGUUGGAUUAAUGCUAAGAUGAUUAGAGCAAAAAUCUUGCAUCAAUAUUUUUUCAACAAAAUUAAUGAUGCAGGUCCAUCUGAUCCUUGCAUCAUGAAAGAAGAAAGAAUUUUUCAGACAGCAAUUCUUCUCAGAGAUCUUCCUCUAGAUUUAUAUCUUAAGCUUGUUGGGCAAUUUACUCCAAGUGCAAAAUUAACCGAUUAUAUAAGAUCUGGACAAAACAUGUCACUUAGCGUAAUUAACCUCCCAAGUGAUCUUAGGUUGGAGAUUUUUACUGGAAAUUAUAAAUUCAGACAAAAUCUUAAAAAGUUAAUUGACAUUCUUGUGGCUUUAAAGUUAAUUAAAAAACUUAAACGCGUUUUUGAUGGAAGAGGAAAUCCGGUUUUAAAUAUGAAAAAGGCGUUUGUGCCAGAUGAUGGCGUUGAAGACAUUUCGACGAGAAACUAUAGUUUACCUCAAAAUCUUUUAGCACCUGCAUAUCAACUUAUGCGUAAUGUUCAAAUGGUGGAUUUUUCGUUCCCUGGACCUGAUAGACCUAAUAUUGGAGAAUACAUGCUUGAUACUAUUGAAAAUGUUUCGGUCUAUUGGAGUGACUUACAAUAUGUAGCUCAAAAAAAAUUUUCCGAGUCAACAUAUAAGAGUGAAGAUGAUAAUGCUAAUUCAGAUUCAGAUUGUCAAGUAGACAGUGAAGAUGACGAUAUGUCCAAACGUAGAAAGAAAGGCAAAGCCUCUUGUGUCGAAGAUGAUCCUCUACGAUUUAUAACUAUUGCACGCAAUUGGAACUCUGGUUUUCCGCUUAAUUCUAAGCAGAAGAAGCAGCUCGAACUUUAUGUUGAUCGAAGAAAAUUACAGACGCCAUAUGAAGAUGAGAACAAAUGUAGACAAAUUGCCCAGGAAAUUGGUCUUCCGUUUCAAAAAGUUCGUGCGUAUUAUAAGAAAAUUGAAGAUAGUUUUGAAAUGAAAAAUAAAGAGAAUAAUGUAGCCAAGCAGAAAGAAAGAAGAGGUAAAGUUGCUGAACGAUCAAAAAACUUUGCCGGAAUUGUUUCAUCAGCUAAAGGAGAACCUUAUUUCAAAAGAAAGAAGAGAGAAAAUAUGGUUCAUAAAGUGUUAAGAAAAACACAGAACGAAACUGAAGUGAACCUCAAUAAUAAUUCUGGCCGUAAAAGUAACCGUGAAAAACUUAAACAAAAAGAAUUAGAAGAACUUCAUGGUAUCGCUGAGGAAGAGAACUUGCCAAUUAUUAAUGACGAAGAACGAUUUGAGACUCAAUAUGAACAAUACUCUCAGAGACAACGUCCAGUCUGGAAUAAAGAGGAAGAUGAAUUGCUUUUUUAUGCUUAUAUUAUUAUUAAACAUCGUUCAGCUAAAUAUAGGUUCUUUUGGAGUCCUGUUACUAAAGUUUUGCCACAUAAAACCAGAGAAAUGUGUCGGCGUAGAUUUAAUGUUUUGAUGAAAAAUUCGGCCUUUCAAGCACGAGUUUCUAAUUAUUUAUUGUUUUGGAAAGACAUCUAUAAUGAAGCAAUAAAGAAAGGGGACCUAAAUGAAGAGGAAGAAAAACAAAUGAAAGACUUUGAUAUAAUUAAUCAAAUGGAAUACUUUAAAAAAAUUGUUAAAGAAAGGCCUAAUGUUACACGCCCCAAGCCCAUAAUUCCUCUUCCCAAAGAUGUUAAAACAUUGCAAGAGCAUUUUGUUGUAACAUAUUCGUCACCAAAUAGGCAUAAUCGUGACUUGUACUUUGAAGAUAAACUUGGUGGAUGUUCAUUACGACAAAAAAUGAAAAAGUUAUACGCACAUUCGCUUACAUACAGGAUUCCAUACAACAAUAUCGAUUAUGUGUUAAAGGAGAUAAACAAUGAAAAACAAAUUAAACUUGAAUGUAUUCAAGCAUUGAUCAAGAUGAUUCUCAUGACACCAGAAGAUCAAUACGAUCCUACUCAUGCGUUUGCCGUUCUCAAUCGUUAUGAACCUUAUGUUAAAGAAGCAAUUGAUCUAGUUAAAGAAACAGGUGCCAUAGUUAAAGUUAAAGGAGGGAGCGAUAGGAGGAUUCCUGGAAGAGGUUUUCAUGUUUCUGACAAAUUUCUAUCAGUUAUUUCGGGAAAAUUGCCAGAUAGGAUGUUCUCACAAGCUGUUAACUUUUACAAAAAAUUCAAAGAAAUCAUGAUAUUUGACCAAUUUGCGAAUAGUGGAGAUAUGGCUUGUAUAUUGGAUUUAUUAUCCGCCGGAAAAGUUGCGUUAUCAUUUGCUAAUCCAGACGCACCUAUUCUUACUAAGAAUAUUGUGCCAAGUCAUCGUAGUAGGAAAAUUGAUGUUGCAAAUCUCAACUUUGAUGUUUCGUUGACGCCAAAUAUUAGCAGCUCAAUUACAAAUACCGAAAUUGAUGACAGUGAAUCUAGCAAAAAUAAUAGCAUUUAUGGUCAAAAAAGAAAACGAUCAGAUGAUAUAAAUAGUGUCUUUAAUCAUAAGAGAAAACGUGGAGAGCAUUAUAUAACUGAAGAAAACAACAUUUCUAACGAUAAAGGAAAAUGCGAAAAUAACACAGUACAAGAAAAAAAUACCUCAGCUUUCAAAAAAGGACAUUUUGACAGUAAGCAAUUUUUGAACACAAGAAAAGAGGCUUCUAAAGUACUCAAAUUACUACUAGAAAGUUUAGAUCAAGAAUUUAAACGUGACGUUAAGGACGUUUAUUAUAUAAUCGAGAAUCGCGAUAAAGUUGGUAUACCUCUCGUUUCAUUAAAGAAAUAUCCGAAAUUAUCGGAAGAAAAUUUAUUACGUUGCAUAAAUAUUUUGGAGACUAAUCAUCCAAGUUUAAUAAUAAAAGUUGGAUAUAAUGCUAGUCGAUAUGUCUCUAGCAUUUAUUCGAAGGAUUGGUUUGUUAAUACGACCCAAACAACUGCAAACAAAUUUAAAAAACAGCGAACAGAAAAAGUUAACAUAGAAGAAAAGUCUUCUAGUCACAAUGUAGAGCUAUCAGAUGAAUCAAAGACUGAGUCGGUUGAAACAUUUGCGCCCCCCAGAAUGUGGUAUGACAUCAAUGGAAAUUUUAUUGAAUCGGUGUUCCGAGGUUGUCUUGAAGCUGUAUUGGGGUUAAUCUUGCAAAAUCCUGGAAUAUGCGAGGCUGACAUUUAUCGGAAACUUUCACUAGUUAUGUCACGUUGUGAAAUCCAAGAUGUUUUGGAAGAAUUAUUGGAUCGUAAAGGCAUCAGAAGAAAAUCAUUUAUCCAACCUCCAAAAGUUACUUUAUUUUCGAAGCCAGCCGAAUUUAAGGAAUGCGAUUUCGAUUCUCUUGAUUCAAACAAGAUAACAUAUUAUUGGGUAAACGAACAUUACUACUUGAAAUGCGUUCCCGAAAUUAUAAAUUAGUGGGUAAUAAUAGAAUAUGUAUAAUAACUAAAAAUGAAAUCGUUAACUAUUUAAUUUUUUAAUAAUAAUA